AUGGUUGCAGUAAAUCAACCAGUAGCAGAAAAUGUAUUCGACAAGCUCCUUGGAAAGUAUCCAUUGCGAAAAACCCUACGAAUUUGUGCUUGGGUGAAUAGAUUCGUUCGAAACUGCAGGAACGAGAGCAACAAACAUGAAUCAGGGCCGAUUAAGACCCACGAAAUCGAAGAGCGUACGCUAUGGUGGAUCAAGCGUGUGCAAGAGGAGACCAAAGAUAACCCCGAACUUUCCAGUGCAAAAGUUGAGCUGAAUCUUCAACCUAACCAAAGUGGAAUCCUGGAGUGUCGAGGGCGGAUCGAAGGCGACUAUCCAGUAUAUUUACCUACGAACACGGUCUUCACGAAGAAAGUUGUAGAGCAAGCCCAUAUCAUUACACUCCAUGGCGGAGUACCGGCGACGAUGGCAGAAGUACGAGAACGUUAUUGGGUGCCUAGACUACGCCGUCUUGUGAAACAGAUACGAAGCAACUGUCAUGGUUGUGCUAGAUUCCGGGCACAAUCGUAUCAAAGACCACCCCCGGGCAGAUUACCACCAACACGAACCCAAGGGACAACUCCUUUCCAAGUAUUAGGAGUCGAUUUUGUGGGCCCUAUUCGUUACAAAACUAAAGCGAAAGCCGAAAAGAAAUCGUAUCUAGUUCUCUACGCGUGUAGUUUGACAAGAGCGGUGCACCUCGAAUUAUUAAAGUCGUUGGAAGUAAUGUAGUCGAAUUCCUGCCGAGUUUAAAGAGAUUAAUUGCAAGAAGGGGGAGGCCACAAGUGAUAUAUUCUGACAACGCGACAACCUUUAAAGCCGCGGAGAAAUGAUUGCAACAAGCUCAGAAAGACGAGAGAUUCAACGCACUUCUUACGGACAAAGGAAUCCGGUGAAGAUUUAAUUUGAGUCGGGCGCCACGGUGGGGAGGACAAUUUGAACGAUUGAUAGGCCUCUUUAAGCGGAGUUUUUACAAGAGUAUUGGAAACGGAAACUUAACCUGGGAAGAAUUGAUGGAUCAAUCGACCGUUAAGCUAUUUAGAAGAUGAUGUGGAACAACCUGUGCUCACCCCAACCAAACUGUUACAAAUUAACCCGAAUGUUAUCCCCGAAGUUCAACCCCACCAUCUUGAUGGCGCUGACCUUCGUAAAAGAGCUAAGUUUCUUCGAAAGUGCAAAGAGUUAAUGUGGAGACGUUGGUCACGAGAAUAUGUGCGAGGCUUAAGAGAACGACAUCGACAGGAAAAGGGCGAACAAGGGACACAUCCCAACCGUGGGGAUGCGGUUAUUAUCGGAAGCGAAGAAAAGAAUCGAAAUUUGUGGAAGUUAGGUACAGUCGAAGGGUUAAUUCGAGGACGUGAUGGCGUUGUACGGGGAGCGAAGGUAAAAACAGUGAAUGGACAACUCGAACGAGCGGUACAACACCUUUACCCACUCGAGCUCUCUUGCACAGAGAACCACCCGUAAGUUUGAACCCGACCGCCCCUACCUUCAACCCUAGACCGAGACGUGACGCGGCAGCUGCAGCAACCGUCCGUAUACAACAAGAAGCAGAAGAAGAAGAUUGGUGA